AAAACCAAUGAUCUUGCAGUUAACUAUGCAAUAGAAGGCACAGCUUGUUGGGCCAGUCAAGUAGAAGAAAAUGAGUUUCUUAAAACAAACAAAGAAAAUAUUAGCUUUUUAGACCAAAACAAAGCAUGUAAUAGUGCCAAAAUAUCAACAAAUCUACUUCAAGUAAACAACAAACAACAAUAG